GUUGAAGUUCGAUGAAUUCGCUGAUUACAAGUGAAACCCGUUUUCGAUUCACUUAUUUUCAUUGAUCUGGAAAAUGAAUUGCUGAUCUGCAAGGAACUUCUUUAAAUUUAAUUAAUAAUUAAUAAUAAAAAAAAUCUGUAAAAAAAUUAGUAAUUUUUAAUAAAGAAAAAAAAGGUUGGGGGUAGCAGAAGAAUGUGUGAAUGCGCGUUUAUUAUGCUCAAUGCCUGAUUCGAACCCAUGACCAUAUUGAAAUCAAUGCUCUAUGCGUAUGCUGUAAGCAGUGGAACGUGAGGCCUAAGCCAGCGUUAGUUUUGCGCUAAAAUUGUAUAUGAAGGAUAUUUAGUAAUUGUUAGAUACAGAGAAUAUUAAUUCAAAUAUAUUAUAAUCUAAUGAAAUUUAUUAUAAAUAGAACCAAGAGGGUCAAUGUAAUAAUUUCUUCCAUUUCUCAUAAAAAUGUGUCCGAUUACAUAUAAAAUUAGGGUAUAAGACAAACAUUUCAUAUACAAGAUGAAGGUACGAAAGCAAAUUACAAGAGAACUAAUAGCACAUAAGUGGUAUAUACGUUAAUUAAAAACAAAAGGGGAUAAUAUUAUACAUUAGGCUAUAGUAUUCUACACUAGUUUUAUUAAGCCUCAAAAGUAGAUUACGUUAUUAUAUUAGGCUUGUAAGCCUCAAAAGGUUGGUGACAUCCAAAUAAAGAACAUGUUUUUUGUCAUCCAAACCAAAAUACGCAUCAAGGUAAUAUAUUUAUACCCUUAACUAUUAGUUACUCCCUCCGUUCCUUUAUACUCGCACCGUUUCUAAUUGACACGCUUGCCAAUGCACAACUUUGACCACCAAUAUCUUUAACUACAUAUUAUAAAAACUUGUAAAGAUAUUAAUAUUUUGAAAAUAUAUAUUAAGAUGAAGCCAACAAUAUAUUAUAUACUAACAUUUAUUUUCAUAUACUAGAAAUAAAUUAGGGUCAAAGUGAAUUAUGUGAAUAGUGUAAAAAGUCAAAACGGUGCGAGUAUUAAGGGACAGAGGGAAUGUAUUUGAGAAUAAAAUGUACUCCGUAUAUAGUUAAAGGAUAUCAUUCCGUUUGAAUUAAAGACAUGUCGCCAUCUUUAUAAUCAGAAACACACAUAAUAAUAUUAAAUUUAAUAUUUAAUAAGUACUCGUACAAGUAAGUUACAUUGGUACGAACCUUAGAAUAGGGAAAAUAUAUUAGACUAGGUUUGUCGCAUCAAAAGGUGGCCUAAAGCCUUAUAGUUUUUACCAAAAGUCACACAACAUAGAGUACUAUCCGUAUUCUAGGUACCGCCUAUAAUACAACAAAAGAACCGAACCAUGAUGUUAAGCGUGGUAAAGCUACAAAAUAAAUGCAACGUUAAUUUGCAUUUGGUCGGUUUUAGACAAAAGACACAAUUGUUAGAUAAGAGGAAAUUAGGGGGGUUCCCUAAUAUUGUGAGAAGCUCCUCAGCAACAAACUGAAAUGUUCUCCUUCUUCUGUGAAAUCGUGUUGAAUUUAGUUGUCAUCCUCAUCAUCUGAUCUCCACUCUUCCUCCGAGUAGGGUGCCUCGUGGUCAUCCCUAACCCUUGGUCCUAUCCCACUUUUCAUGAAUAAUUUGUUAAUGACGUGAGAGUUCUGAACAACUCCUUUUGCAGCUAGUUUCUCGUCAUGAAGAUUGUAUUCAUGCAUGACCCAAUCUGUCCUUUAUGUGCCUUUUAUCUUAAAUACUAAAGUCUUGAUAGUUCCUACUAUUCGGGAAUUAUAACGGACCAUCUUAUCGUCACUUGAAAUCCUCCAGCUCCCCAAAGGUGUACUUCUACUUGCUUUGUCCCCCUUUUGGUACUUUCUAUUUCGUGGGCUAAUGAAGUACCACAUCCUUUCCUUAUUCCUUAAAGCAGACAGUUGGGGGAGAUCCCAUGGUGCAUACUUGUAAACGUCCACCUCGGCUAUUUCCAUAAUUUCGUAACCUAUAACAAAUGAAAAACAAAUAUAAUCAAAAUACAACAGUUAAUUAUAAGGUAGACAUUUGAAUAGACUUGAUAACUGUCGAUCACGUGACCGAAGUGUUUAUUGACCAGCUCGGCUCUUUUGCGGACGUUAUCACGUUCCGACACGAGAACAAACUUGAGCCGUAAUUAAAAUUGGUCUACACAACAUUUUUAAUUGUCUACAAGGUGGUACAUUUGGUCUUUAAAAUUAUAAGGUCUAUACACUAACAACUUAAAGUAUUAAUAUCAAGUCUUUUUCGAAUAAAACUUCCGUUGCGUCAAUCUAAACGUGGGAAAGUAUUGUUUUGAAAAUAAAAUAACGUUGCACAAAUAGUCUGAUUUAACUUAUGCAUGUAGUACAAAAAGAAAAAGGAAAGGCAAUGACACCUUUCCACUACCUUGUACCACGUGUUGACCUAUUUGAGAAGAUAGACCGGCUAUUAAAGGGGAGGGGGUGACUCCAUCUUUUUUCCACCACUUCAUUCACUACAACCCCUUUCCCACUUUGAGCUUCCCCAAAUUCCCCUUUUUGUUUUCCAACACUUCUAAGACACGCCUCCAUGGAUGCACAACCCACAAACAACUUAGGGUUCGGAAUUCCCCCGCCCCCGCAGCCGUUCUUUACUAAUUUUGCAGCCAUCUUUCCAACAUGCAUGGUGGUUCGUAGCUUGGAUGAUGAUGAUUUGGGGGUGGAGUACAUGAUGUGUCCUUGGGACACUUUUCGUCUGGUAUACAACGACUACGCCCGCCGAGUAGCGUGCUCUCCUCAACACCUCCUGAUUUGCCGCCAAGGAGGAGAAGUUGUCCCACCGUUGCUCACGGCUGGAGAGAUCGGUCUUAUGGAGGGGGAGACCCUCAUAGUUCUCGGCCCCGUCCCUGGGAUGAACGUCAACUCGUUUGUCCGGACUUUUUCGGUGGUAGCAACCAUGGACUACCCACCGGUGUAUAUGGUGCAACGGCGAGUGACCGAUUACUUAUGUUCGGUCAUUACUGAAUACGCCAACUGGCUACGCAUCCCUCCCCUUAGGGUAACAAUCCGGCACAACAUGAUUGUGCGGGAAGGGACCGAAACUAUUCAAGAUGUCGGUAUUGUGAACGGGUCCACCCUCUACGCAAUCAUCGAGUAGGAUGGAUUGCUGAAUAUUCCCUUUUGAAAACUUUUGGAACGCAAAGGAUAAUUUUUUGCAUUUAAUUAGGCCGGGUACUUAUGAUCUAAGUUUUUUCCUCAUGCAUUGAGGUUGUUGUAUCCAACUAGUGCCUAAGUACGACAUUUUGUAUAACUACUAUCAAACUAGUAUCAAAACUAGUAUUUAUUUAUAACUCGAACAACUUUUAAUGUACCAAUUCAAACAGCUAUCUACUUAUCUAAUUUUAUUAAUGAUUUUUAGGUUA